AUGAACGGCUGGUCCGGCCAGAAUUUCGUCAUUGAAUUCCCCAACGUAGACCGGUCCACCGUGCCGUAUAUCCAUCACUUUGUCACUUUCUGCUGUCGAUUUCUUGCCUAUUCCAACGACAAUGAGGGUAACCCGUUUCAGGAGGAGUUGGUUCCACUCGCCACGUCGUCUCCAGCGCUGCUGCAUUCUAUGGCGGCGCUGGCGGCGGGACACUUAUCAAGAAGUCAGCCUCAGCACGAUGUGGCUGCUACCAAACAUUACUCCCUCGCGCUGCACGAAUUGAAAGAAUCUCUCUCAGACCCGGUUGUCGCCCGGGCAGAUUCGACUCUAGGUGCUUGUCUGCUGUUGUGUGUAUACGAAAUAUCGCAUUCUCAGAACCCUCUUUGGCUCGAUCAUCUCACAGGAGCCCGAGAUUUGAUACUUUUCAGAGGUGGUCCCAGAACUAGCCACUACCUGACACGGUUCUUCUCCUUCCUCGACGUAUCGGGCUCUCUCUCUUCUGGAGCUGGGCCGCUCCUUGAAGGUAAUUACUGGCUCGAUGAUGGCGAAAACGAAGACAGCCCCGAGAACUCCAAGCGUACGCGGUGGCCGUACUACGAUUCUGGCAACGUGAUGGUGAGCCACUUCCACCAAUUGAUGAUCUUCAUGGCCAAACUCGCGCGUCUCUCAUCCGAGUCGAUGGGCGAACUCGGUAAUCACUACCCGGAUAUCAUUGUCCAGAAAGCGUACGACAUUCGUGACGAGCUGCUGGCAUGGUGGCAGAGCUGCCCGCCGGAGUUACGCGAUCAAAGCAAUGACUGGAGAAGACAGACUCGUCCCCGGAAACUCACCGUACCAGAAACUCUUGAAGAAGAAGGAUUCUCGAGCACUAAAUGUUGUAUGCAAGGAUGCAUUAUCUAUCUCAAUCAUAUUCUCGACCCCCUAGGCCGUGGACCACAGAAGAUAGAGGUCAUGGAAGCUAUACAAGAUAUCUUAGAGAUCGCGAGAGAGAUUCCGGAAGGCUACGGGUUAGAGAUGGGCAUCUACUGGGGUCUGUUUAUGGCCGGUGUGGCUAUUUUCAACGAUGUUGUGGCUGAGGACUUGAUUCGACGGAGCAUGAAAGGGGAUCCCACCUCCAGCAUUUACCACGCAGAUCUCGCAUUAGAAUUACUCGAGGUGCUCUGGAGGAGACAGCAUCAAUAUGGUGCUAAGUACGACUGGAGAGAGGUGCAGGUUCAGAUGGAAAUUCAAAUAUUCGACAGCGAGCGAAAUCGAAGUUCCGAAUUGACCGAGCCUCCGAACUCAUGUAAAAUUGUCUAUAAAGGAGAACCGAUCCCUAGGAUUCGUGGAACUUGGAGAGAAGCCUUUCUUGACGACUCUCAACAAGAGACAAUCGACUCGGCUUCCGGUUUUUUUGCAAUACCGAGUAUUAUGUCCUCCAAAGGCAGCAUACUCCUGACAGGAGGGACGGGCAAGAUAUCCAGUCGAAUCACUCCCUUACUUGCUUCAAACGGCGAUACGGUCCUGGUCGCCUCACGAAGCGGCAAAUACCCAUCUCUGCCCAACACCACAGGAGUUAAAUUCGACUGGUUUGACCCAGCAACCUACACCAACCCUUUCUCACACUCUCAGGUCAAUACUAUCUUCUUAAUCGCCCCCCCUAUAAUGGACUGCCUUCCUCCAAUGAAAGGAUUCAUCGAUCUAGCUGUUCAGAAAGGAGUGAAGAGAUUGGUGCUAUUGAGCGGUAGCCUAUUGGAAGUGGGUGAUGGGCCCAUGAUGGCACAAGUGUCAAAGUAUAUCUCUUUACUUGGAGUUGAGUGGGCGGUCUUGAGACCGAGUUGGUUUAUGGAGAAUUUCUCCGAAAUGGAACACGGGCACUCGAUCAGAAGCGAAGAUCGAAUUCUCACGGCGACGGGUGAGGGCAAAGUCUCAUUCGUUUCAGCGGACGAUAUUGCAGCUGUCGCGUUUCGAGCACUGACGGAUGAGGUGCUGCACAACACUGAUCACCUUAUCCUUGGACCCGAGCUGUUUUCUUAUGACGAUGUAGCAGAGAUCCUCACAAAGAAACUGGGGAGGGAAAUCACGCACGUGAAGCUUAUGGAAGAUGAAUUAGCUGACGCAAUGACGAAUUUCGGGAUUCCAGGCGAUUAUGCCAGACUUCUUGCACAACUUGAUACAGCGAUUAAGAAUGGGGGGGAGGAGAGGUUGAAUAGUGUUAUUCUAGAUGUAACAGGCCGCGAACCCAUACGAUUUCAAGAAUUUGUGGAGAGGUGUGUUGAGAAGGGUGUUUGGAUGAAGAAGUAA